AUGCAUUUGAAUAAGGUUCACUAUUUUGUUUUUAUUGCAGUGUGUCAAUGCAAUCAAACGUUGAAUCUUCUUGCACGUUCUGAAUAUUUUCGACUAGAAACCAAUGUCGAUGAUGAUCAAUUAAUUCUUACUAAUCUAUUCACUCCACCACAUAGUUUGACAUUAAUAAGAAGUAAAUUAACAGUACCAACAUUGACACUAUCACUUGUCAAAGGUUCUGUUGAUCUUACGUCAAUUGGUGUUGGUAGUCAAGCUGGUGAAUUCAAUGCUUAUAUAACCUUAGCUGAUUCAUCCGGUGGUAGCAAAACUAUUGGGCCUAUUAAAUCUAACCAAGGUGUCAUUAACCAAUGCUUCCUAAGGGUAGAUAUUAUUAAAUUGGAAUUCUUUGGUUUACCAAUUUCAACCUCAAAACAAGAUGUUUCAAUCGAUUUAAUAACAUGUGAACAUACAUUACCUUGUAAUUGCACUCCAUUAUAUGAUAUAAUGCAAGACCCAAGUUAUUUAGAACGAGUCGAAAUAAGUGAAGCAACUGAACAAUUGAAUACAUUACACGAUAUGAUAGUACGUAAUAAUAAAACUGGUUUUCAAUUUAAUCCAUCAACAACAUCACGCUAUUUUCGAAUUUAUUUUAAAAAACCAAUUCCUAUUGCACUUGUUCAAGUUUUAACACCUCGAAGCAAUGUUAAACAAAUACGCUUAUCUUACUUCGACCAUUAUAAUCAAACAAUAAAAAAUUCAGCAUUACAAGGAUGGCAAGUAAAUCAUGUCAGUCAGUUUGGACGAGAAAAUAAUUCAUUGGAUAAAUUAUGUCCAAACUUUUUAUUUCAUGGUAUUCGAGUGGAUCUUUUACAAACAGAUUCCUCAUCUUCAUUAGUUCAUAAUGCAACACUAAAAGUUCAUAUAAGAACUUGUGAUGGAACAGGUGGACGAAUACCAUUAUGUGCUGAAACAAAUAUAAUGCACCCAUACAAUUUAGAAACAUAUAAAUUUUUAUCGCUUGAAUGUUUGUCCGAUAUGGCGCAAGGUUAUGAAAAUCUUCGUGGUGAAAAGUGUCAAUCAAAGAAUCCAGAAAUUUUAAUUAAGUUUCAACAACCAAAUCGAGCAUACAUUUCAAAAAUUGAAAUUCAACGUGAAAAUAUUGAAAAUCCUGGAAAUGUUCGACAAAUUGAAGCAACAUUUCUUGAUGCUAGUAAUUCACUUAUAUUGGAUGAAAUUACUGGUGAACCAAUACGAUGGGCAUCGCCAGAAGAUGAACCAAUUGUUUCAGGUUAUUUUCCAGAUGUACGUGGUUUGAUAUUAAAGGUAUUAAAAACUGAUAAUAAUGAUAAUGUUCGAGGACUCAGAGUUAAAAUCACUGGAUGUUAUUCAGCAGCUAAAUUAGCAACUUAUAUCAUUCAGGAGCGAACAACUCGAGCACAUUUUACUACAUCGAGUUCAUGUCCAAAUCCAAUUGAUUUAAUGAUUAAUCCUACAAAUAAAAUCAAUUCUAUGACUCUAAAUGGAGAAGUUAUAUCAGAUGUUAGUUCAGUUUCAUCUUUAUCAUCUGGAUUAACUGCAAAAUCUGGAAAUACACUUCAAUCAUGGACAAUUUUUACAAAACCAAUUGAUGGCAUUACAAGUAUUGGAUUGAUUAAUUCUCCAAAUGUUAUAGGACCGAUUCAAUAUCAAUUAUAUGAUAGUUUUGAUACUUUAAUUGAAGCUAAGGGAAAUUAUGUUGGGCAAAUUGUUCCUAUUAAUGCCGAAUAUAUUGAACGAAUUGUUAUCACAACAAGUUUACCAACUAUUGAUGGUCAACCACCUAAAAAUUUAAAACUUAUUUUAAAUGGUUGUUUUAAAGAAGAACAGUUAAGAACAAAAGCUCAAAUUGAAAAUGAUCAAACUACCACUAUUCAAGCUACAACGAAAUUCGCUCAUCAACAUUUAUGUGAGGAAACAAAUAUUCUUAAACGAGAAAAUCUUAAAGAAUUUUCUUCAAAUGAUGUUAUGUCGGAUUUAUCAAAUGCAUAUGUGAAUAUGAAAGGUGUUACAUUUCCAGUUUCUCAACCAAACAUCACAAUAAAAUUUCUUUCAAACAAUAUUAUUGUUACAAAAAUGUAUGCACAAGUUGAUUAUUUAACAUACACAAGUAAUAUUCGACAAAUUUGUGUUACUCUAUAUAAUAAUAAUUCAACACAAUUAACUUAUCCAAAUGGAACACUUGUACCUCUGUUAAAAUCACCCAUGAAUAAUCCAGUUAUUGAAGGAUGGUUUGAAGGUGUUAACAGUAUUCGUGUACAUUUAUGUGAUACUAAUGAUGGCCUACCACCAAAAAGAUUUCGAUUUGCGGUUAUCGGUUGUUAUGUAUCACAUGUUACAUAUAUCUUACCACCAUCAACAGAGUUUUCUAAACAAUUAACAACAACACCUCCAUUAUUUUGUUUAAAUGAUCGUCGUGAUGCUAUGCUUAACCCAUCACUAUGGUUUGAAAAUGCAACAAUAAAUGGUUUAUCAAUACCUGCAUUUGAUGUUAUAUCAUUAUCUCAAUUUACACCAAAUUCAGGUGGCGUUACAUUUGACAGUCGUUCUCCCUUACCAACAAUUGAUUUAGUCCCACGUGGACAACGAGGUUCUUUUGCUACAUUAGGUUUUAAUUAUAAUUCAAAACAAGUAACUAAUAUUCAAUCAGGACAAAUUAUAUUAACAUUGAAAGAAGGAACAAAACAAGUUUAUUCAUUAUAUGCACCGAAUAAUCUUCUCAUAACGCCUUAUCUUAAUUAUGAUGUUACAAAAGUGACGAUGCAAAUUUUGAGUACAACAGAUGGACAACCAGCAAAAAAUGUUGAAAUUAUUGUUUAUGCUUGUGGAUCAGGAAAUGAACCUUUAAUUACACAGAGCACUACUAGAGAACCAUGUAUUCCUGUUAACUUGGUUGAUCAAUCAAUAGUAGCAUCUGUAACAUCAUCAGAAUCUUUUAUGAGUGAUCUUGCUUCAAAGAUAGUAUCAGGUUCAACUGGUGUUAGUUCAUUUACAAGUACUCAACCUGAAAUAACAUUUCUUUAUGGAACACAAUAUGUUCAAACCUUAUAUGAUAUACGGGUACCAACUGAAAAUUCAAAUGUACGUCAAAUCGAAACAACAUAUAUCGCAUUACCAGAUGGCUCAACACUUUUAACAGAUUCUAAAGGAAAUGUUAUAAGCAAUCGAUCACCAUUGAAUGAACCAACAGUAAUAAUAGAUCCAUCACGUGAAGGAAUCUAUGGAUUUAAAGUAAAAAUUUUAUCUACAAGUGAUAAUUCGAUACCGAGAAACGUUGUAGUUAUUGCUAAUGGAUGUCAAAAAUCGAGUGCAACGACAACAACAACAUCACCAAAUCCGUUUUACAAUAUUCCACGUGCUUGUCCGAAUAGUCUAAGUCUUUUAUCAGUACCUGAAUCAUAUAUUCAAUCAAUAAAAGCUAAUAAUGAACUACUUGAUAAAAGCAGAUUUCAAGAUAAUACAACAACGGGUUAUACAUUUACGUCAAAUGCAAACGAGUAUUUAAUUACUAUUGAGUUUCUUCAUCUGUUGACCGUCGAUCGUAUGGGAAUUUUACAAGGAACAAGUGGAACAAACGUUGAUGCAUUUGAUGUCAUAUUAGAUCAAUCACCAGACUAUCCGGAAUAUUCAGGUCAUGUUGGAGCAUUAAUUGUAGCCAAUGCAAGUGAUACCGAUCGAUCUGCUAGUUUAACAUAUCGUAUAAAAACCACAACUGAUGGACAACCGCCAAGAAAUGUUCUUAUAUAUAUUGAAGGAUGUGAUUCUAGUCUAGUAAGAACAAAAGCUCAAAUUGAAGAAAAAAGUUCAACAACAAAAUCAGCUGUUUGGUGUCCAAUUAAAAACAUAAUGCAACCAGAAAAUAUGGCUGAAUAUUAUUCGCCUGAUGCUUUAUCUGAUCUUUCAAAUGCAUAUGAAAAUCGAAAUGGUGUAUCAUUUCCAUUAUCUCAAACACCGACCAUUCGUGCAUAUUUUAAUGCACCUGUCAGUAUUUCAACUGUUGCUUUACAACCAACAUUUAAAACUCGUACAACAAAUAUAAUAAAAUACAGUGUAUACUAUAUAACAUUGGACAAUACACCAUAUAUUGAUCCAACAACAGGAAAAGUAUUAACAUUAACAACAUCCGAUGGAGAUUCAAGUUUAACAAUUCAACAUGACUUGAUUAAUAAUUUAAAAGGGCUUAAUUUAACUAUUCUUCAAACAAAUGGCGGAAGACCAACUUGGUUUCGUUUGAAAGUUUUGGGUUGUUAUAAGCCAAGAGUAACUUAUUUUAUACCAAUGACAACAACAGCUUCUAAAAUUCAAACAACAUCAGCAAUAACAAGAUGUGAAAAUGCAACUGAAUUAACUCAAUUGAGUAAUAUACUUUUUUCAAACGUUAUUAUUCAAAAUGAAAUACAAACACCAUCGAAUAUACCGUCACCUCUUAUUGUAAACAAAUUACCUUUUCAAAUCGAUAUUGAAUUUGCCGGUCAAGUUGAUAUUGAACAAGUUCGUUUUGUUAAUGGUGAUCAAUCGAAAUUAAGCCAAAUAGGAGUAAUUGCUGAUGUUAUGGAUGAUUAUGUUUAUAGUACAAGCCCCGCAUUGAAUGAAGUAUUAUUCUCGUCAACACUGGAAUAUGUAUCAACCUUAACUGUUAAAUUGAUUAGCACUACAGAUAACUCAUUACCGAACAAUUUAAAACUUGAAAUUCUCGGUUGUUAUUCACCACAACAUCAAUUAUCAAGCAAAGCACAAGUUGAACCGGAUGAAACAACAAUAAGUACUAAUAUAGUUGGUAGUACAAUCGCUGAAUCAAUUUGGUGUCCAAAGACAAAUAUUUUAACACGUUCUAAUAUGCAAACAUAUGCAUCACCUUCAGCACCGUUUUCUGAUUUUUCACGUGCUUACGAAAAUAUGCGCGGUGAAGAUUUAACAACAGAAGGGCCGUAUAUAAUUAAUUUAUUUUUUAAUAAUCACAUUUGUGUAUCAGAUGUACUUAUACAACGAACAGCACCUGGACGUAAAACAUCAAAUGUUGCAAAAAUUGAGGUUAGUUAUAAAACAAGUAAUAAAACUGAUUUGAAAACAUCCGAUGGAAAUACAAUUGUUUUACAAUCACCUGACGAUAAUCCAACAGUUACAGAAAAUCAACUUCGAUGUAAUAUUCAAGGAAUUGAUGUUAAAAUAUUAAAAACAACUGAUCAAAAUAAACCAUCUUCUGUUCGAUUGAUGGUAAUUGGUUGUUAUGGACCAAUUAAUACAAUGCUGCCUCCAGCUGGCGUCAUUACAACAAUGCCAACUAGUUCAGUCAUUACCACUGGCCGAACUAAAAAGACGAGUAGAACUAGAAGUGUCACUGACGUAUCAAUUUGUACAACACCAGUCGAGAUGAUCAGUUCGAACGAUUACUAUUUUUCAUCAAUAAUAUCUGAUGGAGUACAGUACGAUACACCUCCUUUUCCUAAUUCAUUCAAUAUGACAGAAUCUACAAUGACCAUUGAAUUUGAUACCAGCCAACCAGCUACUAUUACAUCAGUUUCUGUGCUCAAUCCAAAUGAAUCUCAAAUUACACAAAUGACUGUUGAAACUGAUUAUGAUACUUAUACAAGUACUAAUCUAGAAGGAUUACAAGUCAAUUUUAUCCCUAAUAUUGAAUUUAAUACUGGUCUGAUAAUCACGUUGACAACAACAGCGUCUAAUAUAAUUUUUCCAAAAACGAUACAAUUAGCUAUUCAUGGUUGUGGACAACCAUAUGAGCUCGCAACUAAAGCACAAAUACAAGAUGCUACACCAGAGCCACAUAAACCAACAACUGUUACCACAACUGGUCCUACCAAUCAAUUGCAAAGGUUAACCAGCACUAUUGUUACAAAACGAACAACUGAGGCAAGACCAUCACCGAGCACUGUUUGUGAAGAAAUUGUGGACCUUACGGAAUUUGGUGCAACUUUAUUUGAUACCGUCACGAUUGAUGAUCUGAAGUUUGGAACAGAUAGUUUGGCGAAGCCUGUGUCUCUAUCUAAACUGCCAACAACAGUGUCUAUUGUAUUCAAAAAGGAAGUUAUCAUUCAAAACGUAUCGGUCGUCAACCCAGAUGAAUCAAAGAUCAUAUCAAUCAAUGCUUUAACCGAGUAUGACUUGGAACCAAUUGAGAAUACAAAUCCAACAAACCCAGCUGUAGUUUAUAAUCCAUAUCUUGAAAACGUUGCUCAGUUGGAAAUUACUUUACUAAAAACGAAAGAUAAUUCUAUGUCGUCAAAUGUAAAGUUGGGUAUAUUUGGUUGUAGUGUACCAGUUAAAAUGAGUGCCAAGCCACCAUUGGAGCCUUCUACGACUCACAGUAGCGGUACUAUUUCGCCUUCAAUACUAACGGAAAUAACUGCUAGUGCUACUAACGUACCUGACAAAAACGUAACAACUGACAAAACUGUUAAUGGAACAACAACAACAACAACCUCAAGUGUUCCAGCACUAUGUCAAACAGAAAAUAUACUUGCUGAAGAGUUAGGUCUAGUUGAAGCUGAAUCAAUUACCGAGACAACAAAAGCAGAGACAAAGGUCGUUGGAUACAUUAUCCGAUCAAAUAACACUGGAUGGACACCAUCGUCUGCAUUUUCAUCACUCAAUAUUGAUUUUCGUUAUUCUGUGGAGAUUGGUCGAAUUCAUAUAACAGCGGAUAAUCUCAAAGAAUGGCAUUUAUACUAUCAAUCAGCAACGGAAGUAUUUCCACAUUGGAUAGCCUACAAUAAUUCAAUUGUUUUGACAAACAAUGAAAUUAUAUUUCCAAGAACUCUAAAUGCUACGAAGAUUCGUUUAACUCCAAAUGGUAACAUUGAAAAUCUUCAUCUUGAGAUUUUUGCUUGUUCACCUCUCGUAACUGAAACAACUACAACAAGUACACCAUGUACUCUAACAGAAUGGUCUGAAUGGACACCAUGUAGUCGUACAUGUGGUAUUGGAUACAAAACACGUACUCGUAAUGCAAAUUCAACGCACGACUGUCAUGAAGAACAAUUGGUUCAACAUGAAUCUUGUAUGGAUCGUCGUUGUCAAUGUUUACUCGAUGAUGCAUUUUAUGUGCGUGUAUUUCAGGGAAAACCAUCUGAUAGCAAAGAAAUUGGUUAUAUUUAUACAUAUUCAAAUGAUACUACUAAGUUACAAAAGGUUGUUUAUAUUAAUGAUACUGUUGAUCAAGGCACUAUUAUUCGCACACAAGAUAAUUGUUAUAUUGUUUAUUGUACAGCUGAUGGUUUGAAAUUAUCGGAUAAUCAAUGUAUAACAACAACAAUAUUACCAACAACAUCAACAACAAAUACUGCAGAAUGUACAAUGCAACAAUAUGAAUAUGCGCGAUUAAAAGCUAACAACGGUCAAUGUAUAUCUCGUGAAAGCUUUCCUCGAGAACGUUGUGGUGGUUAUUGUGAAUCGGAUAGUGACGAGCAAUGUAAAUGUUGUUCAAUUGGAACAACAUAUUUACAACCGGUUCUUUUUGAUUGUUUUGUUAAUGGCUCAAAAACAAACACAGAAGAGAAGACAAUAAACAUUCGACGUAUACAAUCAUGCAGUUGUAAUAUAUGUCGUGACAGUUGUUCAGUACGUCGAUAUGAUAGUGCUCCAUUACGAAUGAAUAAUAAUCAAUGUGUAUCACGUGAAAGUGUUCCUCGAGAACGAUGUAGUGGAUAUUGUGAAUCUGAUAGUAGUGAUCAAUGUACUUGUUGCUCAGUUGCAAAAACAUAUUUACAACCAAUUGUUUUUGAUUGUGUUGUUAAUGAUACGCAAAAUGUAACGGUACAAAGAACAGUAGAUAUUCGACGUAUUCAAUCAUGCAACUGCAAUGUGUGUCCCGAUGGAGUUCCACAUAAAUGA